AUUCAUUUGCAAACGAACAAAAGGCAGGGUCCAAAAAAACUGAAGACAACAUAGAGACAAUCCUCCAACGCCGCUGAGGCUGAGACUUUGCAAUCUUGGAGAGCUCCCAGGGAGAAGAUAUAUCGGAAUAGUACUUCAUUCCCACCCCACCCCGCAAUACAGGCAUGAUGGGAGGUAACCUGGAGUCACCAAUAGCAGCAUGCCAAGUAAAUCCUUGGGACUAAGAAGCCCCACCUAGCGCUCAAAUGGAAAUGCCAUUCCCCUCUGUUCCACAACCACUAUUUUUCUGUCCAAUGACAGUUGUUGUACAGGACUGCACAAACCACCCCACCAAAACGACCGUCACUUCUAUUCCUAUGAAACUCCCCGUCCCCACCGGUUAUCAUCCAUAUUGCAGCAAAGUUCAAACGCUCCCACUCAUACCGGCGAUAAAGCCCACCUUCCCAAGAUCCGGGUGGGCUCGCAUGGAUUCCACGGUCCGCCGUAAUCGCACCAAGCACAAGGUCGUCGUUAUCAUGGGAGCCACCGGCACCGGAAAAUCCAAACUCUCCAUCGAUCUCGCCACACGCUUCCCCGCCGAGAUCAUCAACUCUGACAAAAUACAAAUCUACAGUGGCCUUGACAUCACCACUAACAAGAUCCAAAUGCACGAGCGACAAGGUGUACCCCACCACCUGCUCGGAGAUUUCGACUCCUCCCACGCUGAGAUAACCCCUUCCCAGUUCCGCUCGGUGGCUGCCGCUGCUAUCUCAGACAUCUCUUCUCGCCGCAAACUGCCAGUCCUCGCUGGUGGGUCCAAUUCCUUUAUUCACGCACUCCUCGUCGACCGGUUUGACUCCGAGUCUGACCCCUUCAAUGGUUCGGACUCGGUCUCCACCGAAUUACGUUACCGCUGUUGUUUCCUAUGGGUUGACGUUUCAUUUGCUGUUCUCUCCGACUACUUGUCGAAGCGAGUCGAUGAAAUGCUUGGCUCAGGGAUGCUUGAAGAGUUAGCUAAGUUCUACGACCCGGAUGAAGACGAGUCUAGACCCAAAACUGGGUUGAGAAAAGCGAUAGGAGUCCCCGAGUUCGACAGGCAUUUCCGAAAGUACCCUCCCGUCGACCAAGGAAUAAUCGCUGGAAAUCCCAAGAAGAAGAAGGAUGAUCCAGAAAUGGAAAGUUUUGAAGAGGCAGUGAAGGCCAUCAAGGACAACACGUGUCAUCUAGCGAAGAAGCAGAUAGAGAAGAUCCUACGGAUGAGGGGAGCCGGGUGGGACCUCAAGAGACUGGACGCCACAGAGGCGUUCAGGGUGCUGCUGUCGUCAGAUUCCGGCAAGAAGUCGUCAGAAAUAUGGGAGAAGCAGGUAGUGGAACCGAGCGUGAAGUUUGUGAGGCGCUUCUUAGAGGAGUAGGUUGUUCAGCUUUUUCUACCCGUCCUGUUUUCCUAUGAUCCAAAAUUAGUUACCUAAAUUACUUUGAUUUUCCCCACUUUUUUGUCCCUCUCUAUUUGAAAAAAAAAACCUUAACAAAAUAAAAAGGUUUACUUACAUAAUGGGUUGGAAUUUGGGAACCAGAGCUGCGACCAUGGUUGGCCCAGAGGGCGAGUAAUUUCGGGGACGCUGGGUUGGGGAGGGGAAGGUUUGCUUUGAAAAAAAAGGAAAGCAGGUGAUAUUUUGUCAAGGCUGAGAAUUCUAUGCAUGUUUGGUUCAUGUUUAGGAGUUUUGAGAGUGUUGUGGAUCACAUUUGGAGUGUGAAAAUGUUUGUACGACUUCUUUGUGGGUCAUGACUCAUGAGGCACAAAAGUGUACUUUUUCUUUGGAGUUUGAAUGUCGAAAACGGAUUGAGUCACUCUGGGGCAUGGUCAGGAUGGACGGCACCCUCCCUCAAGUAGCAAGUUUGUAAAAUGUUAAGCUCCCUCAAAAAAAUUUUAACGUC